CAGAUUUUAUGCUGCAAUAUAUUAGCAGCUGUCAAUUAGCAUAGCCGCCAGCCAUCACUACAUUAAAUGGAGUAGCAGCCCCAGACGUUCAUCUGCCUCUGAUGUGACUGAACUGUCACGAAACGCGUAAGGCAUUUUUUGGCAAUUGCCGUACACUGAUCCAGCUACCGAGCAACCGUGGAACGCACGCAAGAGGUAUCUCACCUCUCCCAACACACCGAGUUCAUCUCAUAGGCCAGAGAGAACUUUUCCACAGUUUGCGGACCAUCACCCGAUUUUGCUUAACCGUCAAGACUCAUUUGCUGGCAUAUUCCAUUUUAAUUUUUGUGAGUGUGUUCCCAUUUUAAUCUUAUUUUGAAUAAAUGUGAAGUUUCAUUGAAGAGCACUACCAGCUUUUUUUCUAUUAUUUGCCGAGCAUUUAACAAUCCUAUUACUAUAUACCUGCAUAUGGUGGUAUAUGAGUAAUUGCCAUUUGCUGCUGCUAUCCGACAUUUAUAUAGAUUUAUACCAAUACUGGUUACAUUAUAUCUCUCGCCUGCCUGCCCGCCCAGGAGCCCCACUGGACCCCAGGUGAAAUAUCCACCCAGCUAUUUCAAAAGUAGGGAGGCUGGGUGUGGGGAAGUGUGUGUGUGUGUGUGUCUCAGUGAAUGGAGGAAGUGUGUGUGUGUGUGUGUCGGUGAAUGGAGGAAGUGUGUGUGUCGGUGAAUGGAGGAAGUGUGUGUGUCAGUGAAUGGAGGAAGUGUGUGUGUCGGUGAAUGGAGGAAGUGUGUGUGUGUGUGUGUGUCGGUGAAUGGAGGGUGUGUGUGUGUGUGAAUGGAGGGUGUGUGUGUGUGUGAAUGGAGGGUGUGUGUGUGUGUGAAUGGAGGGUGUGUGUCGGUGAAUGGAGGGUGUGUGUGUGUGUGAAUGGAGGGUGUGUGUCGGUGAAUGGAGGAAGGGUGUGUGUGUCAGUGAAUGGAGGAAGUGUGCAUUCACUAUACACCCUACACACACACUCUGCAUUCAUUAUAUACACCUUACACAAACACUCACUGCAUUCACUAUACACACUCACUGCAUUCACUUUACACACACCACAAAGACAUACAGCUGCCCUGUCUAAACACUGCAUCCACUACAUGUGGCAUGUAUAUUUUGUGCAUUUACCUUUAGAAAUAGUUUAUUGUUUUUCAAAAUGGUAAAUGUACAGAAAAUCGGCAAUAUAUCGGCCUGAAAGUUCACAGAUUAUCGGUAUCGGCUCUAAAAAAAAUCAAUAUCGGUCGAUUCCUAGUUCAAAUCCUGGCAGGGUUGACUCUGCCGUUCAUCCUUCCAAGGUACAUAAAAUGAGUACCUUUUUAAAUUGGGUAAUAGCAACAUCCCCAGGGCGUACUUGUAAACCAGAGCAAUCUGAAUGUACCUUUCCUGGUUAAUACUUUGUUAUUAUUACAGAGGAGAACCAGACCAGAGUCUAUUCUCGGAAUAUUGGUGUAAACAGUAAUGGACCAAGACAGGAAUAAAUAUAUCAAGGUCUUCGAUGUAAUUUUACAUUGUUAUAAUUAAAGCAGGCUAUAUAUUUUGCAUUUACAGAAUUGAUGUGGUCACUUCCAUCAACCUCUUCAACCAGUACUAGAGUGCAUUCUCAGAGCAUUGGAGUAAAUUGUGAUAAUGGAAAACGAUAGGAACUGGGUGACUGAGAAGAUCUUGGAUCUAACCCUGGAGAUCAUCUACCUGCUGACCAGAGAGGUGAGGGUUUCUGGGUAAUGUCAUUAUGGAGAUCAUCUACCUGCUGACUGGAGAGGUGAGGGAUUCUGGGUAAUGUCAGUAUGGAUAUCAUCUACCUGCUGACUGGAGAGGUGAGGGAUUCUGGGUAAUGUCACCAUGAGAUCAUCUAUUUGUUGACUAAUGAGGAGAGUCUGUGUAAUGUCAGUUUGUUAAUGGGCCACUCCACCUCUUUAACAAAUUAACACAUUUUUAUGGGGCCUGGAGUCUCUGGUUGCCACCUUAACUUGGUGCCACCUUUACUUAUGAAGUUAAACCAUUGUCUUCAGUAUAUGAACACUCCAAUGUUAAUAAAUAUUUUUGUCUUUAUCUUUGGGUUGUUCUUUGUCUCUGAUAUAGGUCUCCCUGUUUUCAUAAUAAAAUGAAAAAUACUUGCCAUUUUUCCUGCUCUGAGACAGUUUCUUUGCCCGAAACCAAUCCGCCCACAAUGAGAUCUUCACGUGUGGUCUUUACUUCACUGGUCAAGCCCAUUGUUUUUCAUAGAGAAGGAUCGCCUUUCAUGUGUUAGAACAUGUUGGGAAGGUUCCAGUGAGGACAAUUAUAAAAGGUCUAAUUUCUCAUGAAAUAGACACUUUUGUAAAAUAGCAGUUAUUGGACUGUCUUUUCCAUUGUUCCAAAAAGACAAGUGCAAGAAGUUAACUGGUGCUUAUAAUAACAAACCUAUUAUAAUGAAAGGCUUGGUAUAGACACCAUCAUCACCACUUUGCAUAAUUACAACUUUGAUAUAUAGAGAAGCUGCAAAGAUUGUAAAAAUAAAUCAAUAAUGACAGUAAUCGAGGCUGUCUGUAAAUUAAUUAAAACCAGAGCAAAGAAAAUUGACCUAAUUAUUUCAAGGCUAAGGCCUGUAAUUGUCGGAGCGGUUUCAUGACCUAUUUAUUCCCAAUACAGCCUCUUACCUGGACUAAGCCCGUUCUGAUCAUAGUUACCUGAAACUUCCAGUUUUGACUCUGAUCCAUACAGGCCUCUGAUGCCCUGGUCUUGGUGCCUCGAAGAUCCCCUUACCCUGUCAGGUUCUGCAAGUCGCGUGGGGAUAUGCAGGUACCAUGUGGGGCUUCCUAGUUUUGCUCAUUUCUCAUUCGGCUUGAUUAUUCGGCACUACUGGCACAUGUGUUUCCCAGGAUGCACUUUGGGUCAUCCGGUGUAAAAUGUUUGGUCUAAUUCGUCCUGAGUAUUUAAAGAUAUUUGUCAUUUGUGCCACUAGCAGCAAAUUCAAUCUUUCGAAAUGUUUGCCCGUUUCAGCCACAUUUGCCGAAUAUUAUUCAAUGUUAUAUGAAUGUCUGUCUCUAGCACCACAUUCGGCCAUUACGGGUGUUUAUCAGUUUGCCUGUUUCAGCCACAAUCGGCCUUAUUAAUGUUAGCGAUAUUGGCUAUAUGUGUCUCUAGUGGCAUAUUCCGUCACUUAGUUUUUAAAGUUUUACAUGAUUCAGCCUCACUGUAUUCAGUCCACUCUUUAUGUGGUAUUACCAGCUUGGCAUGUCCAGCCCUCAUUCUGCCACGCCAGAGACAAAUCGCCAUUUUAAGUACAAGUCACAAAACACAUAAAAAUAUAUAGCUUUAUAACUGCCGAACAUAUUACAUUUUGCACAUUUCAGUUUGUUUUCAGCUAUAUUCUGCAUUUAGUAUAUUAAGGUGUGUGUGUGUGUGUGUGUGUGUGUGUGUGUGUUUAUACAAACUAAUUUUCCCUGUUUCAUUGACCUUUUUCAUAUAUUUCUAUUUGCAUUUUAAUUCUGUUUUCACCCAGCCACCAUAUGGCCUUUUGCAUGUCUGUAUUACUUACUUGGCCCUCGUUUGGCGUCCAACUAUGAUCAUUCCUUCCCUUGGGGACAAGGGGCUUGAUUGAUUAAUUUCCUAUGACAUGACCUAUGUGCUCGGCCCACGUACAUACAUUAUUUUUUUGUAUAUAUUUACUGUUAUCGAGAGACCAUCACCCCACCACAACGUUCAGUGGCCCCAGCCCCAUGACACAAUUCAUAGAUAGAGCAUCUCUACGGCUGCUUGGCUACUAGCAGGGCCUCACCAGCCACUGAGUAGUUUGUUUUUCACCCACAGGCACUAGUUAGCAAGCCAGUUCUAGCUAUUAAGGUGUGGUUUAGCAUUACAGAUGACUUGCUUGUGUUUUCUUCAUUUGCAGUAUGUCGCAAGAGUUGAUCCAAGGAGAGAUGUUUUUCUCUUCUCAACACCACUACUAGGCUUUGCACCCACUACACCCAGGUCUCCAAUGUCUUUGAUUAUCCCUAGGAUCUUAGCUGACCUAUGACAUAGAGAUAUCCUCUUCUCUGCUACAGUUUAUUAUCUACACAUCCUGAUGACCUCAGGCCUGGUAACCGCUCACAGAUGAGCAGCUCAGACAGCCUAGCAGAAAUGCACGGGACAAUGUCUACAAUUAUGUCCUCUUUACAAUCUAUUAAUGAACGGCACGCUUAGUUGGAAUCUUCUAACACUGGUCCCACUAAUCCUGCUUUGGACAUUCCAGCUUCAGGUCCCACACAUUCCAAAAUACAGUAGCUCUUCACUUGGUUUCCUCUUCGAUCAGUAAAGAACUUUUGUAUGGAAAGUACAUAAACCUGGUGUCUUUGUUAAUCACUUCACAAGAUCUGAUUGAGAAUAAGUCACACUAUGGUGACCUGUCGAUGGUGCUUAAAGGACCACUAUAGGCACCCUCUAGUUUUAACUCUGCAGCUGAAAACAUAGUUUCAGAGAAACUGCUAUGUUUAAACUGAAGGGUUAAUCCAGCCUUUAUUGGCUGUCUCACUGACUGCCACUAGAGGCUGCUUCUGUGGUUCUCACUGUGAAAAUCAGUGAAGACGCCGACGUCCAUAGCAAAGCUUUUCCUAUGGGCAUUUUUAAUGCGCAAGUGGCUCUGGAUAUGCAUUCGGCUCCACGCGGGAGCCAACAUCGGAGGGGGAGGAGAGGUCACCAGCACAUAGGGAGCCCAGCACUGCAUUAAAGGUAAGUGGCUGAAAGGGUUUUAACUCAUUCAGCCCAGCUGGAGGGGGGCCCAUGAGGGUGGGGGGACCUAAGAACUAUAUAGUGCCAGGAAACCUAGUUUGUUUUCCUGGCACUAUAGUGGUCCUUUAAGUCCAGGUCCAAGAUUAAACAAAACUUUGCAUUCCUGAAUUCGUCCUGACAGUCAGGUUAUAUAUGGACAUUAUUUGUUCCAUAUAUCCUCUAUGACGAGAAGAAUUAGAGACUUAUACCUGCACAAAUUGGUGGAUUUGGGACAGAAGUACGCAGGUAAUACUUUUUAUGACUGGAGGAAGUCUUGUACCUUCUCAAUCUUUCUCCAUUAUGAAUUUGUCUUGCGUUCACACAGCGCAACCCUCACCCUUGCUAAACAGUCUUACUUUUCCUUUCUCAUUAGUCCAUGUUCCUGCAAUCCCAGGCAUUUCUUUAAUACUCUCUUCUUCACCCCCUGCUGCGGCCACACCCCAUACUAAUCUUUAUGAUGAAGGCUUCUCAUGCUACUUUACUUACAAGAUAAAACAGUUUAGGGACGAAUUCUCCCUCCUUUACUCCUCUCAACCUCACUUGGACCGUACCUUCAACCUCACUUGGACCGUACCUUCUCUACCCUCCAAGCCUUUUCACAAGCUACUGAGCAGGAGGUGGCUGCACUUCUCCUUUCCUCUCGUUCCACCACUUGUCCGCUUGAUCCCAUCUUAACUCAUCAGAUCUCUCGCCCCUUGUCUUGUGCCUUCCUUAAUGCAAAUCUUCAACUGCUUUCUUCUGGUGUUGUCCCUGCUCCCCUUAAACAUGCUACUGUUGUGCGCUUCUUAACGCUAGCUCUUGACCCAGCUUCCCCUUUCAACUAUCGUCCUAUAUCCCUGCUCCCUUUUCCCUCAGAGCCUCUGGAAACACUUGUCUUUACCUGUCUGACUUGCUUAAUCAAUUCAACCCUCUUCAGCCUGAAUUCUGCCCCCUCCAUUCCAUGGAGACCGCUCUGACUAAAGUUACAAAUUAUCUAAUUGCGGCUAAAUCCAAGGCCAUUACUCCAUACUAAUUCUUCUUGACCUCUCUGCUGCCUUUGACACUAUUGAUCAUGGGCUCCUUCUCCAAACUCAUUCAAUCUCUUGGUUCUCUGUGAUACAGCACUCUUAUGGUUCUCUUCCUAUUUGUUACAACGUACAUUCAGUGUCUCCUUUUCCAAUGAUACCUCCUCCCGUUGUCCUGUCUCAGUCGGUGUCCCUCAAGGUUCGUUACUUGGUCCCCUUUUGUUCUCUCUCUAUACUGCCUCUUUUGGCAAACUCAUUUAUUUGGAUUCUGCUACCACCUGUAUGACACCCAGAUAUAUCUCUCCUCCCCUGCUGUCCUACAACAUGUCACCAAUUGCCUUUCUUCCAACUCUGACUGGAUGUCCUCCCACUUUUUGAAACUCAGUCUCUCUAAAACUGAGUUUUUUUUUAUUUUUUUUUAUUCUUCCUCCUCAUAACACUGAUCCUCCACUGUUACUCUUCCUGCAGGUCGAUGGUACUUGCCUCACUCUAUCCUUGCAAGCGCACUGUCUAGCUGUCAUUUUUGAUCUUGGCCUCAUCUUUGCACCUCAUGUCCAGUUUGUUGCUAAAACUUGUCGAUUCCACCUUAAAAACAUUGUCCUUGUCUGCCCAUUUCUUAAGAUGCUGCCAAGGAGCUUGUUCAUGCUCUAGUAAUCUCUUGCAUUGAUUACUGUAACACUCUCCUAAUUGGUCUCCCCAGAAGUCGUACUGCCCCUACAGUUUAUGAUUAAUGCUGCUACCAGGCUGAUCUUACUCUUCUGACACUCGUCUCACUCUGGUUCCUGUACCCUACAGGUGUCAUUUCCAAAUACUAACCCUUACCUAUAAAGCUCUAGCCCCUCUUACAUUUCUUCACUGAUUCGUAGGUAUGCCCCCCUUCGGUCUCUUCGCUCUACUUGUGACUUUAUCCUGUCUGCUGCUUGCACCCUUACUGCAAAAUUACGCCUGCAGGACGUCCUUUGGAACAGCUUGCCUACCCCCGUCAGACUCUUCUCUAGUCUUCAAUCCUUUUAAGAAGUCCCUCAAAACCAAGCUUUUCAGGAAUACCUAUGGCCUCCAAGAGUAACUAUGUCACAAACCUUCCUCUUGCCCUCUCCUAAAGGAACACACUCCUCUCUCACCUCCAGUUCUUUUACUUUUUACAUUUCUACCAUGUUUAUUUGCUGUCUCCCUCAAUACCAUUUCUAUUGUGUUUUUUAUACCCCACCUCCUCUAAACUUUAAGCUUUGAGCAGGGUCCUCUUACCUAUUGGUUCCAUAACAUUUUGUUAUUGUCUCAUUUUGUUUAAAUUCCCCCUUUUAAUGUAAAGCACUGCGGAAUAAGCUGAUGCUAUAUAAAUACCAAUAAUAAUAUUUAACUACCACAAGUCUUUUAUGGCCAAAGGAGCUGCGGCUCUAGCUCAGUUACAAUAUUUCACUUAGGUGCCCAAGUACUCAGGCACGUGCCCAAACUAUUAUGGGGGAGGAAGGUCUGCGAAAGUAUGUUGUUGUUUUUUUUUUUUUUUAGCUUGUUACCAUUGUGUUACUCACUCUGGUAAACAAUUAAAAAGCAUCCACUGAGUUAAAUCAACAAGGAACUGUCCCUUCAGUAUUUUUAAUAGUCAUUUACCCUUGAUAUUUUAACAAAUAUGUAUUUCAAGUGUGACAAAUGAAAUUUAGAAAUCCACACAUCUUUAUCCUGAAACUGAUAUAAUUAGCAGAGACGCAAUGUUUUCCCCUGUAAACAUAGUCAAUGCACUUUAGUGGUAAAAAGUUGUAUCCAUAAACACAUGUAGGGCAAGAAACAUACUAGCAGAGAGACCAUAGAAAGAGAGAAAGGAAGCAGAAAAGUAUGCCAAGGAACAGAGUGAGUGGCAAAUGUCUGUGGAUUUGAAAGUAAAUUAUUUUAUUAUCUAUGCCAUUCUUGAUAAUUAGAAUUACAUGAUUGUGAAGAAGCCUAGUGGCAAUAUACCACCCAGCAGCAGUCCCCUUGUAUCAGAUGGAUCCUGCAUGAAUCAGAGGCUGUACAGUGUGCCUCCACCUUCCUACUUGAUCCAUGAGAAAAACCAUGAUCAGAAGAUCCUGGAACUGACCAAUCAGAUCAUUGAACUGUUGACUGGAGAGGUGAGGUUGCUGGGAAUGGGACAUUAUAGAGUAAAACCAAGGGAAAUGUCUGGAUGAUGACAGUAUCAUUGUGUUUCAGGUUCCUGUAAGGUGUGAGGAUUUCACAGUCCAUUUCUCCAUGGAGGAAUGGGAGUAUAUAGAAGGACACAAGGAUCUCUACAAGGACAUGAUGAUGGAGAACCACCAUCAUCUCGGAUCACUGGGUAAGGUUUAAUCACCACAAUCUCUGUUUGAUGUAUUUUUUCUUGAAGUGAUUUAUCAAGUAUUAAUGUGUGUUUUUGUUCCAAUAGAGGAAUAUGUACCUGACCUAUUUCAAACCACAGUGUUGUUGACCAGUGUUGAUACCAAAGAUGAAAAUGUUAAGAAAACCAGGGAUCAAGGAAAAUCUCUGAAAGUCAACAAACCAAAGGAAAGUCUGACUAAAUCUGUAACAUUCAUGUCACAAAAAUCAACAUCAUGUGAAGAAGGGAAUAUCACAGGCAUAUCUAUACAGAACCCGCACACAAAGAAUACACAACACACUCAGACAAAAUAUCCAUCUAUUGAUAUUGUAGAGAUAUCAAGUGACAGUGAUGAAGAAAAUCUCAUGGAAGCCGUUGAUGAUACUCUUAAAGAACAAUCAAAGAGAGAGGAUUCAUGUAGUUCUGACACAUCAAUUCAGUCUAAAAAAACAUAUCAUUGUCAAACAGACAGAUGUCGUCAUACAAAUGGAAUAUUGAAUUUGUCUGCAUUUUCACAAAAUUUAAAUAGUAACUUAGGCCUUGACAAAAAUCAGUCCUCUCACACAGACAACAAGAUGUCUUUAUCUGAAAAGCAAAAUGAUAGUUGUUCAAAGUCUGUCUUGGUUUUACAUGAGAUAGGUGGCAGAGGAAAGAAGCAAUUUCCAUGUUCUGAAUGUGGAAAAAUGUUCACUCAGAAGAAAAAACUUGUUAAACAUCAGCGGGUUCAUAGAGGAGCGAGGCAAUUUAAAUGCACCAUAUGUGGAAGAUGUUUUACCCAGAAAGGGGUGCUUGCUAAACAUAAAAGGAUCCACACUGGAGAAAAACCAUUUAAAUGUGAUCAAUGUGGCAGGUGUUUUGCUCAAGCUGCACAGCUUGCAUCACAUACAAAGCGGUAUAAAGAAAAACCAUUUAUAUGUACUGAAUGUGGAAGAUGCUUUAAAGACAGGCGUGAUCUAAAUAAGCAUCAGCUAAUUUACUCGUGUGAAAGACCAUUUAAAUGUCCUGAAUGUGGGAAAGGUUUUAAAACAUUUGGACAUCUUGAGGUCCAUACAUUGACCCAUACAGGAGUAAAACCAUUUAAAUGCCCUGAAUGUGGGAAAGGUUUUAAAACAUUUGGACAUCUUGAGGUCCAUAUAUUGACCCAUACAGGAGUAAAACCAUUUACAUGCCCUGAAUGUGGGAAAGGUUUUAAAACAUUUGGACAUGUUGAGGUCCAUUUAUUGACCCAUACAGGAGUAAAACCAUUUAAAUGUGAAGAAUGUGGCAAAUGUUUUAACCAGCCAGGACAGCUCACUGCACAUAAAAGGAUUCACACCGGAGAAAAACCAUAUAAAUGUAGUGAAUGUGGGAAGUGUUUUAUCCAGGCAGGGUCCCUCACUUCACAUGAAAGGAUUCACACAGGAGAAAAACCUUAUAAAUGUAGUGAAUGUGGGAAAUGUUUUAUCCAGAUGUCACAGCUCAGUUCACAUAAGAGGAUUCACACAGGAGAAAGACCAUAUAUGUGUAGUGAAUGUGGGAAAUGUUUUAUCCAGGCAGGAGCCCUCUCUAAACAUAAAAGGAUUCACAAUUGAGAAAAAGAAUAUAUAAAUGCACUGAAUAUGGGAAAUAUUUUUUUCCAUGUCCUCAUCUUUUGUAUCACAUUAAAAUAAAAUUUACACAUAGACAAACAUUGAAAUGGAUACAAUAUUCAAAAAAUUCCCCCUCACUUUUUUGUAAUGCACAGAUAGUUUUAUAAAGAGACAAUCUAAACACCAACACAACUUGAGCCUAAUAAAGCAGUUUUAGUGUGCAGAUCAUGCCCCUGCAGUCUUGCUUUUAAAUUAUUUGCCAUUUAAGAGUUAAAUCACUUGUUUCUGUUUAUUCAGUUCUAGCUGCACCUCACCUGGCUGUGACUCACACAGCCUACAUUAAAAAAAAUAUAUAUUUUCAAUCUGACAACACAGUGUGUUUACUUUAAAAGUUUUCAUCUCCUAUUCUGUUAAUUGAACUUUAAUCACACACAGGGGCUCUUGUAGGCUCCUCGGAGGAGGUAGAAAAUGCUAAAGUAGUCUGCACAAUAAAGGAAGUUUAACCGUUAGAUCUCUCUUUAUAGGAAAUGUGUAGGGAGAGUGUGUUGGUCACAUGAUGGGGAGGCGAAUGCUGCAUAAACAAAGUGAAUUAACUCAUAAAUGACUGAUAAUUAAGCAGUGAUACUCUGGGACAUAAUCUAUAACAAAAAACUUUUUUAGCCUAAAUUUGCUUUGGUGCUUAGAGUGUCCCUUAAAAAAAUAUUACACAGUUACUCCUGCACUUGCCUGUGCAACAGACAAGCCCUUUGCUCACCAGGAACGAGCUAUACUAAUCAGGAUAAUUUCGUUUUAGUCUGUAGUCCAAUGCAAACUUGUACAGAGACAGUCAUGCAUAGAGGCAGGGCCAUCUCCAGAGCAACAUCAGAUCUCUGGACUUUUAAUUAGCCAGAAUUAUUCACCAUGAUAUAUAUUAUUAGCAAAUAAUAAGCACUUUCUUUUCUUCUUUUCAGAAUUGACAGGAAAACGUAUUUGCUUUUAUGUUGCUUAAAUGUAUUAAUAUGAUAGACAUGAGUUAAUUCAAAAACAUGUUAUGUUUUGUUAUGGGCAAAUGUAAAUAUUACAAGUUUUAGAAUGAAAUGUUUUUCUCAAACUGUGUACUUUGUCUUUAAGAGAUAUUGUAAAGUGAAAAGGUGUUAGAAAUGGAACAUAUUUUUCAUAGAUGUUUCUUUAAGUAAUAAGUGCAUAAUAUGUUUGCGCCAUUUUGUCCCAGACGAAUUACAAUAACAAUAAUGCAUAAACAAGCUUCGAAGCUAUACUACAACUCUUUCAGUACACAAUAUACUGUGGUAACCCCAAGUUAAUGGAACUUCCCCAAAUCCGGGAAUCUCCCACGACAGAUAAGCUAUUCAGACUUUAAGAUGCCAUCUUGAACUAAGUCCGGAAAAUUUCCAUGACGUAUACACCCUUUAGUUAUGGCCUUGUAUGUUUGCCAAGUUAAGGGAGGUCCUAAAAUGAAUAAAGUGAAAGAAGUGUUACUUUUUCAUAUAUGAACUACGGUAACCCUAAAAUGACGACACCUAAGGUAUAAAUAGGUGUACUUUUAAAUGUUAAGACACAGAGGAGAGACUUGGAGACAGACGUUGCUCCAUCUUAAAAUGAUAGAGAGGCUGACAUGAUGGCAUGUUCAGAAGGGUAUGUUAACUUGUUAAUGAUAUUUGCAAGCAUUUAGUUUAAUCUUAUAAACUCUGCUAUAAUGGAUUUUAUAUGUCUAUAUUUAUAUUUUUAUAUAAUAUCUAAAAAGACAAAACUCUAUUGCUUCCAAGACUAUCCUUAUUUUAUAUUGUAUUCCCAAUUAUUUAUAUAUGUUAAAUAGAGGAUCUCUUACACUAUAUAAAAUUAUGGCUAAGAUAUCUGUAUGGUUAGCCCUACUAAGUUCUAUGCUUUAAGAAAUUAUAGUAGUAAAUAAGGGAACCACCUGCAGUUACAUUGUUAUUUUAUUUUAGUGAUGACUUAAAAAUAAGUGCAAAUUAGGCUUAAAUAACCAAGUUGUGAUAAUAGUAAAGAUUUGGAUUUUAUUUCCAGUCUGCACGCUUUGCUUACGUCUGAAAACUUGGUUUUCAGUUCUCAACAAUUCAGUGGAUAAAACUCCUCCAUGAAAUGUUUUUUGUUUUUUUUAAGAUUCUUUAUUUUGGUAUUUUUCAAUAGUAUAAACCGAGUUCGAUAAAGGUAUAGGAGUUUGGUACAAUGUAAGACCAACAAUAUUAAGUAUAAUAAUAAUGAAUCUUGCAACAGAUAUGACUUAAAACAAUGUGUGGAGGGCUAUUGUAUUUUCAUAGUGGAAAGAGACUAAAAAUGAAGAGGGCAAAAGGAGAGAAGCACUGACUUUUUUAACGGGCCAGUCCAGAAGACGAAGAAGCCACACGCCUGCAGUCUGGUUCCCCAAACUGGAAAGGGGAGGGACAAGAGAGGAAAAAAAGGAGAUAAGUAGGGUAUGGGAAAUUAGAAUAAAUGUCAGGACGCAUUAAUAUGCCAUGUGACGAGAGCAAUCUCGCCACAUUGCAUUGGAGAAGCCUGGCUGCCCGCCUGCUGCCUUUGGACUAUGGACCAGACUUUAUGUAAAUAUGUUAACCCAGAUAGCUAUGUCAUGGAGCCCAUUCGUGUAGUUAAAGACUUCGGCUCCAUGGCAAUUGAACUGUGUGAAUAGGAUCUGAGCGCUAUUCGGUAGUUUUGUGCACUCAAAUCCCAGCUAUCUGGGGAUAUGUGAAAUGUCUGUGUGUUAUGUGUAAAAGGUGACUUUAUGUAUUUUAAAGUGUUUUAUGUCUUUUUGCAACCAUGUGCUCAAUGGAGUCUGCCUCUAUCCCUGGAUAAUUGGAUUACUUUCCCCAUUGUCUCCAGGAUAGAGGGCUCUGUAAAACCUGUUUGAGCCAGAUAUCCAUGUGCCAGCCAGGGCCCAAAAGAUACUUUUACUAACUUUUGAACCCCUGGUCUGAUUCAUGCCAUUUUUUAAUAUGUUGUUCCCCUGAAUGGAUUGAUUGUGAAUAUGUAAUUUUAUGUGAAUGUGAUGUAUGGUUUUAGAGUUAUGAAAGUUGGGUAGAAAGUAUGUUUUAACUGUAUGUGUAAUUGAGUU